AUGCUCCAGCGUCGUAACAACGCGGCGCGGCCGCCUGGUUCCAGCCACUUGCACUGGGUGCAGUUGUGUCAAUCCGGUCAGGACCUUUCCGGUUUGCAGGGCCAAAUCCCUCGUCGGGCGAUUUCCAUCGAAGAAGUUGGUGAACACAACACUGAGAGCGACUGCUGGAGCGUAUUAGAUGGUCGUGUGUACAACAUGACGCCGUACCUCAAGUACCACCCUGGUGGAGUCGCAGAGCUCAUGCUGGCGGCAGGAGGUGACUGUUCAAACCUCUUUUAUGAAAAUCACCCGUGGGUUAAUGGCCACAAUAUGCUGGAAAAAUGCUACAUUGGACAACUGGAUCGAGAAUCAAUGACGAUUGUAGCCGGUUCUGAGACGUCCAAGUUUGCGCUACACAAGACUCAGUGGCGGUUGUUUAAGCUCGUGUCAAAGCAGACGGUCAGUCAACAGACUGUCAAAUUUACGUUUGAGUUGCCUGAUAGAAAGCUGUUGGGAUUAGAAAUGCCUGGACAGCAUUUAAAAGUGCGCGCUACGAUAAAUGGUCGGAUAAUUGAACGGCCGUUCACUCCAACGUCUAGCUUCGCCCAACCAGCGACUUUUGACUUGAUUGUCAAAGUGUACCCAGACGGUAUCAUGAGCACCUAUCUGAACAAAUUGAAGGUUGGCGAGAGCGUUGAAAUGAUUGGGCCACAGGGAGCAAUUGGCUACCCGGAAGCUGGCGUUGUAACUGCCAGAGGCCAGCUGAAGCUGACGGAUGUGCGUCAUGUUGUGAUGGUUGCUGCCGGUACGGGAAUCACACCGAUGAUGCAGCUCAUCCGUGCAAUUGUGGAGAAUAGGAAGGACAGGGCCAAGAUCACGUUGGUGGACUGUAACCACUCACUGGAGCACGUAAUUGCGCGCACACAGUUAGAGCCGCUGGCUAGUAUGUUUCAGGAGCGAGUAAAGGUUCACCACGUGCUUCGUGAAGCCAGCGAUGAUGACAUGCGCGAAUUGGGAUCGUUACGAACUGGCAAGCGACUAGACAAGGAAAUGCUUGCUGAGUUAUUGCCGAAACCAUCAUCUGGUGUGGCCGCAUUUCAUUGUGGCCCGCCUGCCUUCGAUGAUGCUGUUAGUGUCAUGUUGAAGGAUAUCGGCUACAAGGAUACUCAGCUUCAAGUGUCAAUAUCGGCGAAUCAAUGCUACUGA